AUGGAAGACACUACUCACCAUCGUCGUCGUCAUCAUCAUCAAGAAGAAGAGGUAGAAUAUUAUGGCUCUAAAGGCUCAAUCAAACGAUCCUACUAUGGAUGCUCAUUCUGCAAACAAGGCUUCACGAACGCACAAGCAUUAGGAGGUCACAUGAACAUUCACAGAAAACACAGACUAAUCACAAAGAAAGCCAAGGACGAUGAAGAAGAAGCUGCUGCGACGACGAUGACAAAGACGAAGAAGACGAAGACCGCGAAAUCUUCCAUGGACAACAAAGAUAAGUUAUUGAAUAACGAUGAGUUUCUCAGGUAUUACGGUUCCAUUUUCCAGCAUAUAAACCCUAUGUGGUCUCAUCAGUCAUUGAAUGUGAAUAUUGGUCCAGCUCGUCAUGAGGACGUUAAUGGCGAUAGAUCAGUGAAUCAUCAGGAAGAUGGUCAAGAAAUAGUGGUGGACUUAGAACUCAGACUAGGUCGCGAUCCAUCAUGCUAA